ACAAACCACAACGACCAACUACUGCUUCGCGUUAAGUACUGUUUAAGUAUAGACUUUUCAAAGUUAUUACCUCAUUUAUUUUUACUCUUUUGAUUUAUUUCAAUUAGACCUAAAUUACUGUACAAUUUCCUUUUUUCAUUUUAAAUUUGGUGAAUAGUUGUGUUAAAUCGUUUCAUGUAGUUUGAUUUACUACAAAAUUUGAAAUAAUAUGCACGUAAUUUCGCGAGUUGUUAAUUCGUUCGGACGAAAUGUUACAAGAAGAUCAUCCGGGGUGCUUUUUAAUUCAAAAUGUUUUUCAAAUACAACUUUUAAUCAAGAUGAACAAUUUAUAAAGUCUCCUUUGGGUGAUGUUGAAAUUCCAAAUGUUAAUUUAGCGGAGUACUUAUUGAAUCACAUUGGAAAGUUUCCUACAAAAAUUGCAACGCAAUGUAGUUUCACCGAAAGAAAAUACACGUACGAUAAUUUAUUAAUGAAAUCAUCAAAUCUUAGUAAAUCGCUUAGAAAGAAAUUAAAUCUACAAAAAGGAGACGUAGUGGCCAUCUUAUUACCGAACAUCCCCGAGUUUCCCAUUUGUAUCUUAGGACCAUUAUUAGCUGGGUUAAAAAUAACAACCAUUAAUCCCUCUUAUACAUCAGAAGAAAUAAAAAGGCAAUUAAAUGAUAGUAAUGCAAAAGUAUUAUUUACUUUAGUUGAUUUUUGGGGAAAAGCCCAAGAAGCUGUUAAAAAAUCGUUAAGUAACAUUAAAAUAAUAACGAUAAAAACAAAGCAAAACCAAUCAACACCAAGCGGGUCGAUUAAUUUUCAAGAAUUUACAACAGAAAAAUGUGAUUUACCUGAAAUUAUUUUAUCAUCACCCGAUGAAACGGUUUUUAUGCCUUAUUCAAGUGGAACGACGGGACUUCCUAAAGGUGUUGAGUUAUCUAGCAAAAAUAUAAUUUCGAAUAUUUGCCAAUUUAAUCAUCCUGAACUUUGUAUAUCUCAAAUUGCAACAGAAAAUCAUCAAGACAUCUCUCCACAACUUUUACCACUAUUCCACAUCUACGGAUUCGCAACAACCUUAUCUAUGCUAACAUAUGGCGUUAAAAUAAUAACUUUACCAAAAUUCGAAAGAGACAACUACCUUAAAGUAUUAUCCCAAGAAAAACCUCAUUUUAUGGUGGUUGUACCUCCGAUUGUAAUCUUUUUAUACGCUUCUCCCGAAGUUAAACCAAUUGAUUUAAGUUCAUUAAGAACAAUAAGUUGUGGGGCAGCCCCAUUGGGUGCUUUAGACGAAGAGAAAUUUCGUAAAAAAAUCGGAAGGCCGAUAAAUGUGCUACAAGGUUAUGGGUUAUCUGAAACUUCUCCAGUUGUGACAAUGGUUCCGAUCCAAUUACAAGGAAAAUAUCCGGGAUCUAUGGGAAUCCCGGUUCCCAACACACAAAUAAAAGUCGUUUCUCCCGAUGAUAAAAAAGGAAAUCAUUUAAAACCAAACGAAAUCGGUGAGAUAUACGUAAAAGGACCUCAAGUAAUGAAAGGGUAUCAUAACAAUCCGGAAGAAAGCGAAAAAUCUUUUCAUGACGGUUGGUUUAAAACUGGGGAUUUAGUGAAAUAUAAUGAAAAUGGAAUGUUUUACAUUUGCGAUCGUUUAAAAGAAUUAAUUAAAGUUCGAGGGUUUCAAGUUCCACCGGCGGAACUCGAAGAGAUUAUAAGGGAUUUUCCGGGUGUGGUUGAAGCGGCCGUUAUUGGAAUUCCGGACGAAUAUAACGGGGAGUUACCGAAAGCUUUCGUCGUUAAAAAGAAAGAAGCAAACGUUGAUGUGGAAAAAUUACAAGAAUUUGUUGCCUCGAAAGUUGCCCGACAUAAACAUUUAAAGGGCGGUGUUGUUUUUGUAGAAAGUAUUCCUAAAAAUGACUCAGGGAAAAUACUUAGACGGAAACUUAAAGAGUUAUACUUAUAAGAUAAGAUAAGGUUUUUGUUAACUAGGGUUAUCUUUUAAAUAAAAUGUAAAGAAAUAAAUUUA